CCCCUGCUCGCGGCGCGCGCCGGACCGGGUGGCGCGCUGUUGCUGCCGCUGCGGCGCGCGUCUCCUCCUCCUCCUCCUUCUUCUCCUCCUCCUUCUCCUCCCGCCCCCCAGCUGUUGCCUCCUCGCGCUCCCGUUGUACCCGCGGCGCGCGCCGGCCCCGCCAGGCGACGCCUAAAAUGACUGUGUGAAUGCAGUGGAAUAAAUGGCGUCCAAAGUAACUGAUGCUAUAGUUUGGUACCAGAAGAAGAUUGGGGCAUAUGAUCAACAAAUAUGGGAAAAAUCAGUAGAGCAAAGAGAAAUAAAGUUUAUUAGAUUGGGUUUGAGAAACAAACCAAAGAAAACUGGACAUGUGAAACCAGACCUCAUUGACGUUGAUCUCGUAAGAGGAUCUGCUUUUGCUAAAGCAAAGCCUGAAAGUCCUUGGACAUCUCUGACCCGCAAAGGAAUCGUGAGAGUUGUUUUCUUUCCGUUCUUCUACAGGUGGUGGCUACAAGUGACAUCGAGAGUCAUCUUUUUCUGGCUGCUAGUUCUUUACCUUCUUCAAGUUGCUGCUGUAGUGUUAUUCUAUACAGCCCAAAGCCCACAUAAUAUACCUCUGACUGAAGUAAUUGGGCCAAUAUGGCUAAUGUUGCUACUUGGAACUGUGCAUUGUCAGAUUGUUUCAACACGAACUCCUAAGCCACCUCCCAGCACAGGGGGUAAAAGAAGAAGGAAAUUAAGGAAAGCAGCACAUUUGGAAGUACAUAGGGAAGGAGAUGGCUCUAGUACCACAGAUAACACACAGGAGGGAACAGUGCAGAGCUACGGUACAAGCACCUCUUGCAGUAUUGGCGCUGUCUUCAGAGAUAUCUGGCAUGCUGCUUUCUUUUUAUCAGGAUCUAAGAAAGCAAAAAACUCAAUAGAUAAAUCCACUGAGACUGACAAUGGCUACGUGUCGCUUGAUGGGAAAAAGACAGGUAAAAGCAGUGAAGAAUGUAUACAGGCACAUGAACGGCGCUUUGAAGUGGUUAAGCCAGAAGAGUCAGGGUGGAGCACUGCAACUAUGAGAGAUACUUUCAGCAAUCACAGUCGUCACAAAGAUACCCACAGGACUGUGACAAAUUUAUCAGAUGAAGUUUCCAGUGAGGAAGGACCUGAAACUGGAUAUUCUUUACGUCGCAAUGUAGAACGCACUUCCAGUGAUUGCACACUUCGAAACAGGAAAUCUCACCAUUAUAAGAAGCAUUAUCCUCUGGAGGAUACACCUAAAUCGGGUACUAGCUGUAGUUCUCGGUGUUCAAGCUCCAGACAAGAUUCUGAAAGUGCAAGGCCAGAAUCAGAAACUGAAGAUGUACUGUGGGAAGACCUCUUACACUGUGCAGAGUGCCACUCUUCCUGUAGUAGCGAGACAGAUGUGGAAAGCCCUCAGAUGAAUCCAUGUGUGAAGAAAGAAUACAGAGAUGACCCAUUUCAUCAGAGUCAUUUGCCUUGGAUCCACAGUUUGAAUCCAGGACUAGAAAAAAUAAGUGCGAUUGUGUGGGAGGGUAAUGACUGCAAGAAAGCAGAUAUGUCUGUGCUUGAAAUCAGUGGUAUGAUAAUGAACAGAGUGAACAGCUAUGUACCAGGAAUUGGUUAUCAGAUUUUUGGAAAUGUCAUAUCUUUAAUCUUGGGUUUAAUGCCAUUUGUCUUUCGACUUUUCCAAGCUAAAGAUUUGGAACAACUAGCUACACAUUCUGCCACUGAACUUUGCAUGACUGCAUUUGGAUCAAAUGGAGACAUCCUGGUUCUCUCAAUGGUUAUUAUAAGUUUUGUGGUCCGUGUGUCUCUAGUGUGGAUUUUUUUUUUUCUGCUAUGUGUAGCAGAGAGGACAUAUAAACAGAGGCUACUGUUUGCCAAACUUUUUGGUCAUCUAACAUCUGCCAGAAGGGCAAGAAAAUCUGAGGUCCCUCACUUCCGUUUGAAGAAAGUACAGAAUAUAAAAAUGUGGCUUUCUCUCAGGUCCUAUCUGAAGCGUCGAGGUCCUCAACGCUCAGUCGAUGUAAUAGUUUCAUCUGCUUUCCUACUGACUAUCUCAGUUGUGUUUAUCUGUUGUGCACAGCUGCUUCACAUGCAUGAGAUCUUCCUUGAUUGUCACUACAAUUGGGAACUCAUAAUUUGGUGCAUUUCACUAACUCUUUUUCUCUUAAGAUUUGUUACUCUUGGAUCUGAAACCAGUAAAAAGUACAGCAAUACCUCAAUAUUACUUACCGAGCAGAUAAACUUGUACUUGAAAAUGGAGAAAAAGCCUAAUAAGAAGGAUGAACUGACGCUAGUGAACAAUGUUUUAAAGCUUGCUACUAAGUUAUUGAAGGAACUGGACAGUCCCUUUAGAUUAUAUGGACUUACAAUGAAUCCAUUGCUUUAUAAUAUCACCCAAGUUGUCAUCUUGUCAGCCGUUUCUGGUGUCAUCAGUGACUUACUUGGAUUUAAUCUAAAGCUUUGGAAGAUCAAAUCUUGACAAUAUACAAAGAAGAUGAGAUAACACAGUGUUACAGAAAAGCUCAUUCAUUGAUAAAACUGCCUCAAAGCAGCCACUGAAUCUGUAUUUCAGAUGCUACAACCUCUUCAAGGAUGUCAUUUGGAAAAUUGAAGUGUUUACAUCUGACUGUCUUGUGCAAUCUUUGUAUUUAUUUCAUCUUCUCACUGUUAUAUGUUAAUUUUAGUUGACAUUUAUAUUUUAUUUUCAAACUUACUUGUUUAGUUUUGGAAAGGAUCAGAUUUUGGGAAAGGUCAACUUUGUGUCCGAGAACUUGAAGCCCUGGAAAUCGAUUACAAUAAAUUACUAUGUAUGUUGUUAAAGCUGAAGCCAAUCCUGAACAUUUUUAGUUGCAGUAACACUAGAUGGAAGUCAUUUGUUUUUUUGAUAGUGUGGUAAAAUUACUUAGAAUAUUUAAUUUGCACCAAUCAUUUAUAGAACAACAAUGACAUCAAUAGAUGUUUGGUUGCAAUAGAAAAGUGAGAUCUAUAAAAAACAUAAAAUGCUGACAAUGCAGUGUGACAAGUAGCAGAAAUAUUUUAUAUUACUAUUAGAAGCAAGUGGGAAUAUUUAAUAUUUUGAGUUAUUCCAGGACCUAAACUCACAUAAGCUGCAGUUUGAUUAUCCUGGGAUAUUACUAAGGUAUUAUAUAGCAAGUCAACAAGUGCUCUUUGAUAACAGUUUUAUUAGAGCAAUAAUUGUAAAUGGUUACCAUACUGUACAAUAUUUUGAUAAAAUUAAAUAUUGUAUUUAUUUGAAAUAUUGGGCUGUUCUGCACAGCUCUGACUGUGCAUGCUCAAUACGUGCACUUUUUAUUGUUACUUUUAGUGAGAAAUUUAUAUAUACACACAUAUAAAUGUAUAUUAAUUGGAAUAUAUUAUGGUGAACUAUGGAGCAGUAUAUAUUAUAUGUUGAAGUUGAAUAUUUAAACAAGCAAAAGAGUUACUGGUGGAAGGAAUGUUAUUAAAGACUGAGCAUAAGAUAAAUAGAUGCUCUCCUUUUGUACACUAUAGUAUAUGCCAUUCAUACCACAAACACAGAAAACAAGUUCCUCUGAUGAGCAGCAGAGCUCAUUGAGCCUAGUAUUCUGCAGAUUUGUGUCUUCAGUUAACCUCCUUUCCUCCCUAGUGCUUUCCCAGCUGGAAAAUGAUGGUUCUUCAGUGUCAUAAAAAUAGAUGUUCACCCCUGUAGAAUUAAGUUACUUGGAACUUUUCAGUCUAUGAAUUAUAUUGGGAGGAUUAAUAUUACCAGGUGCAAGUAUUCUUACAUUUUAUGUUUCUACAAUAAUGGCUUCAUACUGAAAAAUGACAAGUAAUUAGGUGACAAGAGUCUGGACAUUUUACUAUGCUUGCUAAUCUUCAGAAUCUUGAAAGACUUGAAGUAAUGUAUCUUAAACUUAUGUGGUAUAAAAUAUUUUUAUAUAUAAAGCAACACAAACAAGCAUUUUGUAUUUUAUUUGCCUCUGUACUAAUGUUUAAUAAUGACCAAAGUGCAUUCUGGUUUUUGAAAGAAUGUAUUACUGGAGCUUUAAGAACAUACUAUAUUUAGUUUCUCGUGAAAACUUCAACUGCAUCUGAUCUGUUUCUUCUUUCUCUGUUGUUGAUGUUGGAAUUGUUUUUAAAAAUUAAGUACAUUUUAUACACGUUUUUUUCCAAAUUCUGGUACAGACAUACAUGGAACUUAGUUUUGCACAAAAUAUAUUUUAAGAAAAAAAAAAGUACAGCAGGAGUUCUGUGGGUGAUAGAAGAUAAGGCUGUUGCUUUUUGCAGCCUGUCACUGUUACAAAACCAUUCUUUACACUAGAAUGGAAUUAUUUUUAGAAAUGUAAAAUGGUGAAUAUAUGGCUUACAUUAUCUUAAAAAAAAAAAUGUGAGGGAGGGAAAACAUUGCGGUUUUGGUUGAAGGUGAAAUUAGUUUAACGAUGUAUACCUCAGCAGCUAGCACUGUGCUGGAUUGUUGCACUAACAAAUGGCGGCUUGGGGAGAGUAAAAGAUUUGUGAAAUGGAAAUAAAAAUAAUAAAACCCUUUCUUUGCUACCAUUAGGUAUAUUCAUUAUGUUUAAGAUGGAAGAGGUUUAUUCUUCAUCCCUCAAUAUGGAAAAUCCCGUAUGAGAAUAGAGGCAAGUAGAAACAUGGCAGGUCUUGCGUGUUAACUGUUAUUUUUUGCCACUUGUUUUGUAACUGAAAGUCUGAUCAGAUUUGGAAUAAAGCUUUCUAUGGUUGAUGGUUAAAAAGAAAAAAAGCAAUGUGGUGAGCUAUAUCCUUUUGAAAUAUCCAGCAUAUUUCUCAGUCUGGCUGCUUUGAUUUAAAUCCAUUUAUUCUGUUUAAGUCAAAGUAUAUUUGGGAGACCAAUCCUGCAAACAGAAUGCAAAUGAUGGUUGUAAAAAUUGCACUUCAUUGCAAGACACAAACCUUCAGACACUUUUAGUUAUGUGAAGUAGCUUAGUUUUAUGCAGCUUCCACAUAACUGAAAAAUAUUGAAACAGAAUUCAAUCCUGUUUCACCAGGAUUUCAGAGAUUAAUUUCAGCCACCAUUUUGAUUGUUCCAUUAUGUCACAAGAUAUACUUCCAUGUAAAAAAAUAAAUGCAAAC